AUGAUAGAUGGGGUGUACGUGGCUAAUCUUUUCAAGAUCACCAAUGUAAGGACGCCCCCUUUAGAGGGCAGCACCAAUGAAAGGACGCCCCCUAUAGAGGGCAGCACCAAUGAAAGGACGCCCCCUAUAGAGGGCAGCACCAAUGAAAGGACGCCCCCUAUAGAGGGCAGCACCAAUGAAAGGACGCCCCCUAUAGAGGGCAGCACCAAUGUAAGAACGCCCCCUAUAGAGGGCAGCACCAAUGAAAGGACGCCCCCUAUAGAGGGCAGCACCAAUGAAAGGACGCCCCCUAUAGAGGGCAGCACCAAUGUAAGAACGCCCCCUAUAGAGGGCAGCACCAAUGAAAGGACGCCCCCUAUCGAGGGCAGCACCAAUGUAAGGACGCCCCCUAUAGAGGGCAGCACCAAUGAAAGGACGCCCCCUAUAGAGGGCAGCACCAAUGAUAGGACGCCCCCUAUAGAGGGCAGCACCAAUGUAAGGACGCCCCCUAUAGAGGGCAGCACCAAUGAAAGGACGCCCCCUAUAGAGGGCAGCACCAAUGAAAGGACGCCCCCUAUAGAGGGCAGCACCAAUGAAAGGACGCCCCCUAUAGAGGGCAGCACCAAUGUAAGGACGCCCCCUAUAGAGGGCAGCACCAAUGAAAGGACGCCCCCUAUAGAGGGCAGCACCAAUGAAAGGACGCCCCCUUUAGAGGGCACCACCAAUGAAAGGACGCCCCCUAUAGAGGGCAGCACCAAUGAAAGGACGCCCCUAUAG